AUGACAAUUCCUGGUAUGAAUGAUUUUGUCUAUGUAUCUGAUAAUGCAUAUUCAAAAGAAGAUAUGAAAGAAAUGGAACGACGUUUAAUAUCAACAUUAUCAUUUGAUCUUGGUCGACCAUUAUCAAUAAAUUUUCUUCGUCGUUAUUCAAAAAUAAUUCAAGCAACUGAUAUUGAACAUACAUUAGGAAAAUAUCUACUUGAUUUAACUUUUAUUGAUCAUUCGUUAUCACAUUUAUUACCAUCAUAUGUAUCAGCAUGUGCAUCAUUUCUUUCACGUUAUUUAUUUGUCUAUAAAGGCACAACAUCAUCAAUAUCUAUUUCAUCAUUAAUUGAAAAUAUUUGGCCAAGUAAAUUUAUGAAUUAUCAUACUGGUUAUACAUAUGAAGAACUUCGUCAUGGCAUUAAACAAUUAGGUCAAUUACUUAUUGGACAAGAUACAACAAAAUUAAGAAGUGUGCAAAAAAAAUUUUCUCAAAGUAAUAUGUUUUCAGUUGCACAACAUAGUUGUUGUAAAAGUGCUUAUGUACAAAUAGCACUUUCUCGUCUAUCAAAAUAA